GGGAGGGUCAGUAGGACCAUAUGGGAAGUGAUCGGCCACGAGAUCGAUCUCCCAGAUUUACGCGACAGUCGCGCGCAUGCUGAUAUCUCUCUCGCUCUCUACUUGGAAUAUUAUCUCCCUCUGUGGAAACGAAAGCCAGAAGGAGCAGCAGUAGCUCACAGACGCCGCCGCCGUCAUGCUCUUGUCCUCCGCCCUCGCCCUCGCCCUCGCCCCCGGCGUCUCCGCCCGGCCUACCCGCGGCAGCGUCGACGUUGACUACGGGUCGCUGCGCUGCCCCGAGGAUGGCGCGAGUACGCUGCCGACGCCGACCUACGGGAUCGACGGGGCCGUCUUCGGGGUCUGCGCCCAGCUCGUGGUCGAUGUGCCGUCGCACGCCCUCCUUGCUGCUAUCCUCGACUUCCAGUCCUACGGCCGCUGGAACUCGUUCGUCGUCGACGUCGCCCUGCCCGCCAACGUCUCCGCCACCCCCGACGACCUCUACCCCGAAAUGCCCAUGCGCUUCACCUCGCGCGGCCUCCUCGGCAGCCUCAACACCACCAGCGCCGAGGUCCUCACUUACUUCUCCUCCCUCGCCUCCCCUCCCUCCUCGGUCCGGGACGCCUACCUCGUCGUCUGGCGCUACGACGACGGCAUCGGCGGCAUCGGCUCCCGCGCCGAGCACCCCAACGUCCUCGUCGACCUACGCAACGGCUCCACGCACCUCCUCUCCUACGAGACCUACUACUCCGGCUGGACCACCGGCGCCAUCGCCCUGCUCAAGAAGCGGCUGCAGGCUGCGUUCGAGGCCCAGGCGCGCGACCUAAAGGCGUACGUUGAAGGAAGGUAACGAUACUUCGCCUGGUGGAGCCGGAAGGAGGGUCUGGGGGCAAGGCGGGGAGAGGCGCUAAGCGCGUCUCCAAAUCGAGUCGAGAAAGAAAAGGGGAGAUAGGACUCGGCUUGAAUAUGUAGUUAGCCUGCUCUCCUGUAUUCAG